AUAAAAACGAUUGUUUCUGUGCAAUUAUUUUUAGAAAAACUUAAUUAUUGAAUUUCGAAAAUAUUUUUUAAAAAGAUGAUCUAAAAACAGUUUUCAUUUUCAAUAUUUAUACAACAUUGGGAAUGUCAGAAUGUUUAGUUCAACUUGUAUUUGGCGAUAAAAAGUGUACUUGGUACUAUAGGAAUUCAAAAAUUUGCGAUAGGAAAUGUCUUACAGUGAUGGCGGGCGUCCAAUACGAAAGUACGGCACUAAGUCGCCAAAAAAACUUUGCGUGACCAAGAAUGAAAAUAGUGAUAAAACAACAACUACCAUUAAUUGCAAUAAUCAUCACCACAAUCAUUACCAUCAUAAUCAUCGCUUUCUCGACGCCCCUCAGCCGUCAGUACACAAACGUAAUCUCUAUAUUGUUUCUUUUCCUUUGAUAUUGCUUUUUAAUGUUCUGAGGACACUUCUUUAUCAAUUAUUUGUGGUAUUCAAAUACUUAUAUACAUCUACAUCUCAGCUGAUUCAACGAAGACAAGCUUGCAAGCAAACCUGUCAGCUAGAAAUUGUAGUUGGUCAGAAAUCUAGUGAAAAUUUAAAUAAUAACUUAAAUAAUACUGAACAAAUUGAAAACGAGGGAAUGUCGCAAGUGCCUAGAAGGCCAAUUGGUCCUGGUCCAGGAGAUCCCUUACUUGCAAAACAAAAACAUCAUCAUCGUAGAGCUUUUGAAUUUAUCAGCAAAGCUCUUAAAAUUGAUGAAGAUAAUGAAGGUCAGAAAGAAAUGGCAAUUGAACUUUACAAGAAAGGAAUUGGAGAAUUAGAAAAAGGAAUAGCUAUAGAAUGCACUGGUGGUCGGGGAGAAGUAUGGGAACAUGCACAAAGACUUCAUGAUAAAAUGCGCACUAAUUUAGCAAUGGCAAAGGACAGACUUGAUUUUCUUGUGAGUGUGUGUGAGCUGAAAAAACUGGAUAUCUGCAAUGAAUAUCGUGCUCCUGGAAAUAAAGUGGACAGCGAACAUCCAGGAAAGAAUCUGAGGAUCCGACGCAAUAUACACACAUUACAAACAACUCGAUCUUCUUUAAAUACAAAUCAUACUAAAAACACAAACAGUACACAAACAGUGAACAUAGGGCAGAAUACAUGUACUCAAAUUCCCAAGUUAAGGCCACGUUCACCAAAAAAUUAUUCUGCCCAUUCUGAAGCAUCUGGAAGAAAAUUAUCUGUUCCUGGAAAAAGAGUGGGCACAGUUAUAAGUAAAAGUCAAACAUUACCGCGCAGCAUGGGACGUUCAACAGCAAUACAAUCAUGUCAUAGAGUUGCACCUAUUAAACCAUCAUCUACACCACCUUCAGUAAAAAGACAAUUAUCAGUACCUGGAAAUGGUUCACCUAUUAGGAGACCAGGAACACCUACCACAUCAAACAGCAAUAGAGGAACACCUACAAGAAAAGUACCCAUUUUAAAAGGUGUAGAUCCAAAACUGGCACAAGUUAUCCUAGAUGAGAUUUUGGAAGGUGGAACAGCAGUUCACUGGGAAGAUAUUGCUGGUCAAGAAACUGCAAAACAAGCACUACAAGAAAUGGUUAUUUUACCUUCAUUAAGACCAGAAUUAUUCACUGGUUUGCGAACACCAGCAAGAGGAUUAUUAUUAUUUGGUCCACCAGGAAAUGGAAAGACAUUACUUGCACGUGCUGUUGCUACACAAUGCAAUGCUACAUUUUUUUCAAUAUCUGCUGCUAGUCUUACAUCAAAAUAUGUUGGAGAAGGAGAAAAACUAGUACGAGCUCUUUUUUCUAUUGCCCGAGAACUACAGCCAUCUGUGAUCUUUAUUGAUGAAGUGGAUUCAUUGUUAAGCGAACGUAGGGAUAAUGAACAUGAAGCUUCUAGGCGAUUGAAGACAGAAUUUUUAGUUGAAUUUGAUGGAUUACCAUGUAAUCCAGAAGAAAGAGUAUUGGUCAUGGCAGCUACAAAUAGACCUCAAGAAUUAGAUGAAGCUGCAUUAAGAAGAUUCACAAAACGAGUAUACGUUACGUUACCUGAUUUACGAACAAGAAUUAUGUUAUUAAAACGACUUUUAGCUAAACAUAAUGAUCCACUGACUUCAGAAGAGUUGAAUGAAAUGGCAGUUUUAACUGAGGGCUAUUCUGGGAGUGAUUUAACGGGUUUAGCAAAAGAUGCAGCUCUUGGUCCUAUUAGAGAACUUAAUCCAGAUCAAGUAAAAGAAUUGGAUCUUAAUUCUGUACGUAAUAUUACAAUGCAAGAUUUUCGUGAUUCGCUUAAAAGAAUUCGUAGAUCAGUGUCUCCUGCAAGUUUGGCUGCUUAUGAAAAAUGGAGUUUUGAAUAUGGUGACGUAAGUCUAUGAUUUUUAAAAAUUAGUUGAACUUUAUAAAACUUUAAAAUAAAUUAUACUGAAAUAUAUC